AAGGUAAUUUAUAAAGACGCCACUUAUCAACUGUGGAGCAGGUUUAGCAAGGAAGGAGAUGGUAUUAUGAAGAGGAAUCCCAACGAUGGCAAAGUGAGUUGCAACGGAAGAGAUCAAAAUAGUGAUCAUCAAAAUACUUAUAUGACUACUAAGGAUAAAACACAGAAGCCAGUAGACCAACCAUGCUUUGCCUUCCUAUUCGAAGAUAAAUUCGCAAUGAAAGGAAAUGGAGAAGGACAACCAAUCACAACCGUAGAAAUAGAUGCGAUUGAUGACAAUGACACGAGCGUGGUUUUUGAGCCCCAAUACCACGGGGGCUCCACGAUGCUCAAGCUUUAUGACACCGAUCUCUACGUGGGAUGCGACCGCAAUGGCCUUACAACUCUGAUGAAAAGUUUUGAUCAUACCAAUCCGAGUCCUAAGAUUCUUUUCCACGCUGAACGAGUGGCGCGUUAAUUUCAAAAGACAACUAGUGAGUCAUUGCUCUUUCUUCCUCGUGAAUUACGCAUUUAUGUAGCUAUUUCCAAGAAAGACAUAGAGGCAUACCUUGCGUAACAGAUAGACAAAUCUCACAUUCAAUUUGAUCAAGAGCCACGGGUUGAACAGCUCAUGUUUUCUUACUUUUAUUACUUUUAGUUUUUAGGUCAUUA